AUGGCUUCCCUCACUAUUCGCAAUCUUACCAUUAACCCAAUUGAGCUUAUUGAUGUUCAGCGAUUCGAAAGUCAACGCGUAAAGACUGGCGUUCUCUCCAGCAUCACUGGCCUUAUUUACAGCUCAAAAACACAUGCCAAGGGCGAUGCGAUUAUAAAGGAAGAGGCAUCAGUCAAUAUUGACCCUUUCAAGACCAAAGACACUGGGAUCCGAGCUGCCGAUAGCAACAAAGAGGCUGUUCGUCUUACUUUCAAAUAUGAGAACCAUAAAUACGAAGUCGACAUUCCGAGCUCCUCAAAUAAGUCGUCUGUUAUGAAAAACCUUGACGGCGGAAAUCACGACCUCACCGUUGUUUAUACCCCCAACGGUGCUUUUCUCGCCAUCUUCUCUUCUGCUCAACUUCAUCGAUGGAUGGAGGAGCUUCAUGACGAUUGGCCUCUCCCGUUGCUUUCCAUUCCCGGCACUCAUAACUCGCCAACAUGCUUUACCGCCCUGCCUUCUGUUCGAUGUCAAGCGGUCGACAUUCCAGAGCAACUCCGAAAUGGCGUCCGGUUUCUCGAUAUCCGAGUUUCUGUAAGCUCAAGUAGUGACGAUCUUGCUCUUGUACACAGCGUGUUCCCCAUCGCUUUGACCGGUGCCAGGUACUUCAGAGACAUGGUCGAAGAGAUCUACAAGUUUCUCGAUGAGAACCCCAGUGAGACUGUUAUCAUGAGUAUCAAACGCGAGGGUACCGGCAGAGGUACCGAUGAGCAGCUCGGCAAAUAUUUGAAGCACAGUUACGUUGACAAAAGGCGAAGCCGCUGGUGGACUGAACCCAAGGUUCCCACUCUAGGCGGCGCGCGUGGUCGCAUUGUCAUCGUCCGACGAUUUUACUUGGAUGACGAGAUGAAGGAAUCAUGCUGGGAUGGCCGCGGUUGGGGCAUCGACGCUGGCGAUUGGCCUGACAAUUGCGAAGAUGGUCAUGUGGGCGAAGGAGAACAUAUUCGCGUUCAAGAUUUCUACACAGUCACCGAGAGUCAAAACAUCCAGAAGAAGAUUGAGUUUUGUCGCCGGCAACUCGAGCGUGCUGCUGAACAGACCUUUACCCUCGCCGGUAUGGACGAUCACAAAGAGGAUGCUGAUCUGCCGCCGUUCAUCGUCAACUUCCUAACAGCAAGCAACUUCUUCAAUGCUACCUGUUGGCCAGAGCGCAUCGCCGCCAAGGUCAAUCCUUCUGUUAUUGAAUACCUCUGCAUGUGCCACGGCGAAGAAGGCAAAGGGCCCAACAAGCUCAAGAUAGGUUCCGCAGCCACUGGCAUCGUUGUUACUGACUGGGUAGGCCAUCGGGAUGAUUGGGACUUAAUCCGUUGCAUUGUCGGAAUGAAUGCAAGAUUGCAGCUCAAGAGAUGA